AUGGGCGGUGGAAGUGAACGGAAGGUGGAGGAGAAUGUGAAGGGGUUUGCGGAGGAGGUUCAUUACCGAGGAGUACAGAAGAGGCCGUCGGGGAAAUACACAGUAGAGACUAGAGAUCCGAGGAAAAUAUGCAAUGUUUUCUUAGUUAUGUUUGACACAGUGGAGGAGGCGACGCAAGCGUAUGAUGCGAUGGCUAUUGAAUUUCGCGGUGUAAAAGUCAAGAAGAAUUUUCUGAAUCUGAUGGACAAAAUGAAUCAGACUCCCAGUAAUGUCGGUACUGUUGAGUUAUUGAAUGUGGUGGCUUCCUUUGCCUCCACCUCAACCACCGCCAUAGCCACUUCAUUCGAUGACUCACCAAUAUUGAUCUGA